AUGAGGGUAGCUCCAAGUACCAAGGAAAAACAGAGGGUACUCGCAAGUACCAAGGAAACAGAAGGUCGCUCCAAGUGGACCGAAAGAAAAACAGAGGGUAAACUCCCAAGUACCAAGGAAAACAGAGGUAGCUCUCCAAGUACCACGAGUAAAACAGAGGUAGCUCCAAGUACCAAGGAAAAAGCAGAGGUACACCACGUACCAGGAACAACAGAGGUAGCUCCAAGGGACCAAGGAAAACAGAGGUUUCCCACGAACAUAAACGACCCGAAGGACGUCUACAACAUAGAAGACACCACAAGUUCAAGAGCAUUCUAUAACUUACUGAAGAGUGUUGUGAAGUGGCAGGACAUGCCAUCGUCACAACCUAGCUUGUUCACCAUGUUGCACGAUGCUUUGCAAAUUAGUGAUGUUUGUCAGCUGCAUCAGUCACCACAGCAGCUGAUGAAUGGUCUCCACCAGCUGGUGGCAGUUGCACAAGCACGAGGAUACAUCAUGCUAGAGUUUGCUUGGAUGAUACUCAGAGUACACAAUGAGGGUAAUUUCACAGCAGAACAUGAAGUCUCAGAGCAACUGUACCUACAAUAUUCCGAUGACAUUUUAAGGGAAGCAAAGCGAGUGAUUGCUGAUGAAUCACGGGGUUUCUACAGGUGUGACCCGUCUGAACAUAUUGAGGGUGAAACCUACGUUCAACUUACUGAGCUUCUGCAGGGUUACGUAGAGAAUGAAGUGGACAUGAGCACAGAUGGGUCUUGUUCACAGAACUGUGCAUAUUAUCAGCAUGCUAAGAGUGAAGGCUGCUACAUACAUGAAAUCCAGUACUGUGGCAAGAGACGUCGAUGUAUGGGUACCCUUCAUGACUGCCAGUAUAACCAUGCAUAUUCCGGUAUAUGCCAUUCCAGGAAGUUAUACCGUCGAUAUGAGUCCAUCAAGUAUGGUAAUGGUAUUCUGCUGGGGUCAUCUGAACCUUGUAGUGGGUCUGUCAUCAAGGUAAAUUCCUGGUGGAGAUUCUGGUAUCACUGUUCCUACUGUUUCUGCCUUUGUGAUGAUGGCAGUUCACCCACCACCGACAGAUACAUCAGUCUUGUAUCCGCUCUCAGCGACACCAGAAACAAUAUGGUGGUGACUGGAGUCCAGUUUACCAAGCAAAGAAAAGUUGUACAUAUCCAGGUACAGCAAGGUCAAGCCCUUCCACAAGGACUUGUCAACAUGUCUACUGUAGACUGGGUAGACGUAGAACCCGUCAACUUGAUCAG